AUGUCAUUCGCAGAAUCCGCAAAUCCUGCAACCAUCCAGCUUGCCGAUGGACAUUACCUGGUAGCUGAGCUCCAAGACUCGGAAGGCAACUGGCACCAAUCUUCAAUCGACCUCGACCGUUUCAUUGGAAACAUUGAUGGGAAGCUUACUUGGGGCGAAGUUGACUUUUCUCAGUCGACAAAAAAUGUCUGGCUUGACACAACCUUCGCCCCAUCGUUGAUUUUACUAAAGGGCGAGGGCCGAUGUGAAGGCGACGAAUCUUAUGCUGAAGAGGAUGCACUCAAUCUAAAUGAAUUUAUCCAAAACGUUGAGGGCGAAUUCCAGUACUCGGGCGAAGGCGCUCCCGUCAGCGGAAGGGCUUCAACCCGCCACCACGUGUACCCGGGAAUCACAACACGCGUGCCUCUAUCCGAUGAACGACACCUACAUUAUCACCAUCGUGGUACAGAAUUCUCGCUUCACAAAUCCCAGAUCGAGUUCGAUGGUCCCAAUUACUUUACUUUCUAUUUUCUGGCAAACUCUAAACAACGCCGGAUCGAGCUACAUCGGGACCCCGGCUUGUUUCGUAUUAUUGUGUCCUACUUGAGUGGAUACAAUAUUUUCCCUCUGGACGAAAGGUCUAUCCCACCAACGAUGACUUCUGAGACAGUGCUGCAGAACCUGCGCGCGGACGCGGUGUUCUACCAGCUCAGCGGACUGGUCUGUGCUUGUGAUGAGUUCAUCGAACAGCAACGCAUCAAACAAACACCUCAAAAUCAGUAUCUAGUCCUAGGGAACGUGUACAGAUGUCAUUUUAGUGUGGAGUUCGACGAACUUCAGACAAACACAGAGCCAGCCUCUAGUUGGAGGCUCCACGCUAAUAAGGAUAUUCUGUCCAAGACCCCAUUUGAUGAUAUGAUCACGGUUGAAUCAAUGUUGGAUGAGGGAAUUGACGGCCUGCAAGCGAUUGCCAAGGUCGAAGGUUUUACGACCCAUACACUGGGAGAAUUCGAUCCUCGUAGGUGGAAGCUAGUUGGUUGGCAUAUUGACGAAUCUAGGUUCGGGGGAGAUGACGAGAACUUCGACUGGGACCUUCAUGAUAUUGAUUACCGACUGUUGAUUGUCCUUGAGGAUUUAAAAGCAGAGUAG